AUGGCAGAGCCCUUCCUUGUGGAGAGCCCCGACGUGACCUACAGCAAGGAGUUCAUCGAGGCGCAGUACACCUACAGCAGCGUGCACGUCUGCAAGGAGAACGGCGCCACCCGGGUGAGGCCAUGCUCGACUCGCUUCACGUUCCGGACAGCGCGGCAGGUGCCCCGCCUCGGGGUGAUGCUGGUGGGCUGGGGAGGUAACAACGGCACCACAGUGACGGCCGCCGUGCUGGCCAACAAGCUGGGCUUGUCCUGGAUGACCAAGACCGGGCGCAAGAAAGCCAACUACUACGGCUCCCUGCUCCAAGCCUCCACUGUCUGCCUGGGCACCGGCCCCACCGGGGACGUUUAUGUGCCAUUCCGGGACCUCCUGCCCAUGGUGCACCCCAACGACAUCGUCUUUGAUGGCUGGGACAUCUCCUCGCUGAACCUGGCAGAGGCCAUGCGCCGGGCGGAGGUGCUGGACUGGCCGCUGCAGGAGCAGCUCUGGCCCCAUAUGGAGAAGCUGAAGCCUCGGCCGUCCAUCUACAUCCCCGAGUUCAUUGCUGCCAACCAGGAGGAGCGGGCGGACAACGUCCUCCACGGGUCCAUGGCUGAGCAGGUGGAGCAGAUCCGCAGGGACAUUCGGGACUUCAAGGAGAGCAGUGGAGUGGACAAAGUCAUUGUGCUCUGGACAGCCAACACUGAGCGCUUCUGCGACGUGGUGCCAGGGCUCAACGACACCGCAGCCAACCUGCUGCAGGCCAUCGAGCAAGGCCUGGAGGUGUCCCCAUCCACGCUGUUUGCCGUGGCCAGCAUCCUGGAGGGCUGUGCCUACAUCAAUGGCUCCCCCCAGAACACCUUUGUGCCAGGGGCAGUGGAGCUGGCCACCCAGCGCCAAGUCUUCAUCUGCGGAGAUGACUUCAAGUCCGGGCAGACCAAGCUCAAGUCAGUGCUGGUGGACUUCCUGGUGGGAGCUGGGCUCAAGACCAAGUCCAUCGUGAGCUACAACCACCUGGGGAACAACGAUGGGAAGAACCUCUCAGCCCCGCAGCAGUUCCGCUCCAAGGAGAUCUCCAAGAGCAAUGUGGUGGAUGACACAGUGCAGGCCAACCCCAUCCUCUAUGGCCCCCAGGACAAGCCUGACCACUGCGUGGUGAUCAAGUAUGUGCCCUACGUGGGGGACAGCAAGCGGGCACUGGACGAGUACACCUCGGAGAUCAUGAUGGGCGGCACCAACACCAUCGUCAUCCACAACACCUGUGAGGACUCGCUGCUGGCCAGCCCAAUCAUCCUGGACUUGGCCAUCCUGACGGAGCUGUGCCAGCGCAUCACCUUCCGCACCGAGGCUGACGUCGACUUCCAAGGCUUCCACAGCGUCCUCUCCAUCGUCGCCUUCCUCUGCAAGGCACCGCUGGUGCCCGAGGGCACCCCUGUAGUCAAUGCCCUCUUCCGCCAGCGCAGCUGCAUCGAGAACAUCCUGAGGGCCUGCCUGGGGCUGCCCCCCCAGCACCACAUGCUGCUGGAGCACAAGAUGCAGCGGCCGAGCCCCAGCCCCAAGCGCUCUUGCCCCGGAGGGGCCACCUGCCCCCUCACCCCCAAGAAGACCUCGAUGCCCACCCAGCUCAACGGGCACCCUUGUCCUGGCACCCCCCGGCCGGUGGGCCCUCACACCCCCCUGCACGUGGAUGGGGCUGACUAG